AUGAGAAAAACAAUAUUCAUGAUAAUAGGAGCAGCGCUUCUAAAUAUCAUCAUAACUAUUAACGCUAUAAAUGUGCAAUCACCUCAACCACCACCUCGGUCGUAUCAAGAUGGAAAUUUCUUUUAUAACAAGAUGAGAAGCGACCUGACAUCGAUUUUAAGUAAUGAUAAAAUAUAUUUUUUCGGCGGUGAAACAUUCAACAAGUCCGAUUCAAGUCAAAAGAUAUCGAAUGAAUUGUUCACAUUGGACGUUUCGUCCCUGGAUCUUAAUAAUAGCAACGACACUUUUAAUACCGAAUCGUUGGGGGAGAACAAAUGGGAAUUGCUUGAUUCGAUGAAAGUAGGAUUAAAGCAUAACUUGAUAGCCUUGUCAGCUCGUGAUGAUUAUUCCACGAUAAUAAUUUAUGGGGGAGAGACUUUUAUUCCAAAUACCGAUAAAAGCAUUAAAGUUGAAUCGCAGAUUUAUGAGUACGAUAUUAAUGCGAAAAAAUGGACCAUGAAUCCAAAAUAUCGAGGGAAACCACCACCAAAUCGUUUAUCUUUUGCAAGUUAUGCUCAAAACUUGGAGGAUGGGAUGAUUUAUUUAUUUGGAGGGAUAUCAAAUGAUGGAAGAAAGAUCAAUAAUAAAUUAUAUUCCAUUGACACAAAUGAUAAACGAUGGAAUGAAGAAACUGCGGAUGAUGCGCCUCCCGGAGUAUUUGGGUCAGCUUGCACCCUGUUGAAGGAUGGUAAAAUCGUAUUCAUUGGCGGAGCAAAUUUCGGUGAUUUAGAUAAGUUGACAUUAUCACAAAUGAACAAAUUGAAUAUUUACGACACAGUAAAUGGUAAAUGGAGCAUUCGAUCCACUUCCGAUAAGAAUUUGCCCGAAGGUAGGAUCGGACACACCGUCACAUUAUAUGAUAAUAAAAUCAUUAUAAUCGGUGGGAUAAACCUGAAAAAUGAGAAAGCAAGCGUUCCGUAUCUGUUUUAUCUGGACCUUGAUGAAUGGGAUUGGAAAAAUUUAAAGUCUGAUCAAUCCAACUAUAAUGGAUUUGCUAGAUUUGGACAUAACACGAUUUUGCACGAUGAUCAUUUAUUUGUUACUUUUGGUCAAAGUACUAAUGAAAAUGAUGAAAUCAAUCCAAUCGAAGCGAUUAACGCGGAUAACCUUGAAAGAAUUAUUCAACCACCAAGGAAUUCUAACAAGGAGAAAGGUGAAAAUAAUAAUAAUCCCGUUGGUCUCCCUGAAGAAGGGGUGAUUUAUGAUAAUCCUGCAACUGACGUUACACCGAAUUCCCUUGAGAAAGAUAAUUCAGUUAUUCUUACUUUAAGUAUUGUAGGAGGUAUCUUUUUGAUGAUUAUUAUUUUGACAGCGUUAUUGCUUAUUUACAUAAAGAGGCGCAAAUUCAAGAUUGGUAAUGACAUUAAUAGUAACAAAACUACUUCUAUUCUCCCUGUUACUACUCGAAAUAUUACGAGAAAAAAAGUGCCAACUUUAUUUAGAGAUUCCACAAGCACUCAUAAUACGACUUAUUAUCCGAAUAUAGUAAAUGAAUCGAUUGGUGAUAUACAAAAUGCCAAUAAUGUUAAAACUACUACGGUAAAACCAAAAACUCCGACGGUAAUUUAUGCUUCAGGUGUUUCUUCCGUUUUUGCUGAUUUAUUAUUUACUGGUUCAAUUGAGGACACAAAUGAAUCAAAUGAUGAUGUCGAUGCUUCAGGGUUCUAUAGAUCAAAAACCGACCUUGAUGUUGUGGAAGAGGUACAAGAGGUACUCACUCCCUAG